AGCCUCCGAGAGAGGUUACGAUGUGCCCCAAACGCCGUGCCUCGGAGCUGAAGCGCCUGUCAACGCUGCACGCGGAGAGCCGAAGACAGAGCGAGCCCCCCAGUCGCCUGAAGGGAGCGUUCGGACACUGCGCCUGCGCAGAGCGCCUGCUGCUAGCCGCGGCGGCGAUCGCCUGCGCAAAGGAAGAGCGGCUUGCGCUUGCGCAGAAAAUUGAAGUCGCCUCGGCAGCCUUGGGGAGCAUGCAUAAACUUAAAUCAGCUCAGAAGGACAAGGUCCGCCAAUUCAUGGCAUGCACUCAGGCUAGCGAGAGGACUGCCAUCUACUGCCUGACACAGAAUGAGUGGAAACUAGACGAGGCCACAGACAGUUUCUUCCAAAACCCGGAGGCGUUUCACCGAGAGUCUAUGAAGAGCAGUGUGGACCAGAAGAAGCUGGAGCAACUGUACAGCAGGUACAAAGACCCACAGGACGAAAACAAAAUCGGAAUCGAUGGGAUUCAGCAGUUCUGUGAUGACCUGAGUCUGGACCCCGCCAGUAUCAGCGUUUUGGUCAUAGCGUGGAAGUUCAGGGCCGCCACUCAAUGUGAAUUUAGCAAAAAGGAAUUUGUGGAUGGCAUGACGGAGCUGGGGUAUUUAGAAAUGGCUGUUGCAUAUUGGAAGUUAGUAUUGUCUGGAAGGUUUAAAUUUUUAGAUCUUUGGAACACAUUUCUGCUGGAGCAUCACAAAAGAUCAAUUCCAAGGGAUACUUGGAACCUUCUCCUAGAUUUUGGAAACAUGAUUGCAGAUGAUUUGUCUAACUACGAUGAAGAAGGAGCAUGGCCUGUCCUUAUAGAUGACUUUGUAGAAUACGCACGGCCAGUGGUCACAGGCGGGAGACGAGGCCCUUUCUAGAUGGAAAAGCUGGAUGGAGGGUAGGAUGGGCGUGUCCUGGAGGAGACAGCUGCGUGGGUUGCUGUGUGCAUUUGUCGCUGACCUCCGAGUCUUCCUCGUCCACUCAUGAAGCAAACCCUUCCUCUGCUUAAAGGCUGCAGUGGCUGGCGUGCAGACACACAGAAGCGCCUCGGGACGCCGGGGACCUGGACAGAGCUAGUGCUUGAGGAGCCUGCAUGACUUGUCUUUAGAGAAAGCAACAUAGACCCUGUUCGCAGGGCUGAGAGCUCGCUGUCCAGCUCCUCACGUUAAGGGGAGCACCAGCCGUUUCCAAACUGGAAUCAUGUUACAAUUAUGCUUCAAAGCGGCAUCUGUGUCCUCAGAAUGACGUAUCUUUUAUACAAGUCCAAGCUGUUAAACACAUGCCUCAUGAAGGUGGCCUUGCCUGAGAGCCCACUGCUUUUAAUCUUGGUAUUCAAGAUGGAUAGUUUUGAAUUAUCAAAUCUCUAGAUUUACUAGAUGUUUUGCUUUCAUUUCCUCUAGAAGAGACUGUUGCAGUUUGCACAGGGUGGCUGGCACAGGAUAGGUCCAGCAGGUUCAUAUCCAACUGUUAACAAGCUGGUAGGCCAGUUCACUUCUAAUGAGGUUAUCACUAUAGGCCUGGAUGCUGCCUCCUNAGAAGUUUCUUAUUUUUUUAAUAUAUUUUAUAUUUAAAAGGACGUUUUCCAUGAGAAACACUUCUUUUUGAGUGAUGAAUUAGAUUUGCAAAUCAGAUGCACCAGUUCCCGUCACCUGUCUAAGAUGUCUUCAGUGCCCAGUGUUCAGCCCUUCGAAAGCCAUAUACAUUUGGAAGCAAACAUACGUCAUCCAGAAGGAAUCCACACCCAAAGCCCUGUCUCACCUGUCUGCGCCUGGGUCUAUGCCGUGUCACCAUCUGCUUUUCCAGUGUUUACCUGGUCAGCAUGCACUCAUGCACACAGGCAUAGAGGGCCUGGAUCCUACCUGCUCAUCUGGUGUCAAGCUUCGAACAUCACUGUGCUGACCCUACCUCACACUUGCCAAGACUUGGUGUCACACGCGUGCCUUGCUGCCCAGCCUACAGGGCCAUGGGGCAGAUAUGCUGGGCCCACUUCAGGACAGGGGACUUGUCAAUGUCUGAACACAGAAAGCAUGCCCCAUAUGUGCUNUAGGGCAGCUCCUGGUACUGGGGCCUGCUCCUGGGGUAGGAAGCAGCUCUGAGGUAUGCGUGCCCUACGAGGUGGACAUUGCUAAUGAACAGGAACCUCACAGGAGGUGAAGGGUCGGAACUGGAAACCAGUCUCCACAAGCCAGCCCCUCGGUGCGUGAGAUGACAUCACUAGUGGCCUGUCAGCGCAGGUCUGUCAAGGGACAACCGGGUCAUCUUUGAGAGCAUANGUAACCAAACUGACUUAGUGAAAACCUGGAAAACAAUUUCCUUCCAGGCUUUGUGGGUUCCUGACUUGUAGCUAACUUCUGUUCAGAGAAGUUUAUAGAUACAAAGAACUAAAUCUUGAAGGUCUGCAAUACAUUCUUAUUUCUAAGAUUUAACAUUCUUCAGGGAAAGGACCAGUGAUAUGAUUCAGCAGGUGAAGGCACAGCCUGGGUUCAGUCCCUGGGAGCCACGUGGUGGAGGGCAGAAGUGACUGCUCUAGCUGUCCUCUGACCUCCACACAUGUGCCAUGAAAUGCAUGUACUCCCCACACACAUGUACUCACACAGUAAAACAAAUAGACAAGCAAACAUAAAUAAGUUCUACGGGAUUGUCAAUAGGCUGCGACAUACCAGUAAUUGAUAAAGGCUUUUUAAACAAUUGUGCUUUCUUUACACUUGAAUUGUGCAUGUUACAGAAAUGCUGAAAACUAAGAUAUAGUAAAUAAAAUAUUUU